CCAUGGCUCUUACAUUGGCGGUGGUUCUGGCAUGCGCCGGAGUCGUGCUGGGCUCCGUCCAUCCCCCAGCAUAUGGCCAUCACCUACAGCCCACUUACGGUCACCAGCUUGUCUACAAGCACGGUUACUGCGACCCAAGUGGUGCCCCCGCCUGCGCUGCCAACUCUUCUCUCUCCUACUGCUUGGAAGACGCUGAGUAUCCCGAGUACGAGAUCAAGGCUGCCAUUACUGCCGAUCACCUCUUCGCCAAGAAGUACGCUGACGUGGCCGACCAGUCUGCUGGUGACCUGGUAGACAUGCUUACCAAGGACCAGGAGGAGGCCUUCGAUUACUCUUACUACACUGGGGCCUCCACUGGGGACUCUCCUUACGAUGCCACCCACUGGGCUGGUCCUGAGGGCUACAUUUGUCCCUCCGAAGUGGUGUAUGCCAUGCCCAAACGUGCCCAGAAUGUGGACGGUAAGUGGCGUGUCAUUGUCAACGACGUUCACUAUUACAGCCAAACUGCCCGCUUGGAGACUUGUCUGUUCCCAGAGGCUGCUUGCCGUGCCCUUGCUCCUUGCUACCAGAGCCACUGUACCCAAAAGUCAGUGUACCACCGACUCCUCUCCUACGAUCCAUGUGACACCUACAAGGGUCUCUUCAUCGACAUCUACAAGAUGCCUUCUGCCUGCUCCUGCCACCUUCCCGCUUAACGCGCCACCACAACUCUCCUCAGCGAAUCGUCACUGUUCACACACCAACAUCUGUAAUAUUUUUUACAAAUACAUUAUUGUUGAACUUA